AUGUCUUUGGCACAUACGCCACCACCUGCUCAGAACAGACCACGGUCUGAAAACCAGACACAGGAUUCGAACUUAGACCAAUCUUUGCCAUUGGGACAAGAUGAAGCUUCUGGUUUUACUGCCUCUUUAUUUGCGGGCCAAGAAAAUCAAUCUGUUAGUUCAGUUUGCCCCCUUUGUGGCGAAAUUAUGAAUGAGAAGAUAGAAUGUCUUAUCUUAGUUCGUUGCCACCAUGCAUUUCAUAGAGCAUGUAUUGAAAAUUAUUUAUUGAAUCAGAGCGAGUGUCCGGUUUGUAGACAGUCAUGUGACCUGUCCGAUUUGCAAAAGAUAUCUUUACAUAAGAAAAGUGUCAAACCCCAGAGUAAGCCUCGUGGUGCAAUGGCGAAACAAUAUCACACGAGAAGCAUGAGCAGAAAUUUAGCUUUUGAGAAUUUAGAGCAAACACCUUUACUAGACUCAAGUCCAAAGGAAGCAACAGGACAUCCACCUACCACUCGCCCGAAUAAUCGUACAACUAGAGUCCUAGAAAAUUCUGCUUCAAAUACCACAACUAAUUUCCCGUAG